UAAUAAUACAGCCGGAAUGGGCGGGCAAAGAUGUCGGUUACGUAGGUUGUUCAUUACAUCCUACCGGUGCCUCUCAGCCGUAUAACUGGUCUGCAUUGCUAAACCAUGGGCAGUGUGUUGGCUGCCAGCUCUCCAAACCCACCCCCAGCCUCAGGGGGUGGCAGUGCCCCAGGGGGGGCAGGUCUACUGACAGUACCUCCAGGUUUCACCAUGCCCCCAGUGUCUUCAGUCCCACCCUCCGCAAGCACGCAGGGACAGUCUGGGGCGGACACAGAGGCUCUAUCAAACCCUGGCACAUUUGAGGAGUGUCAUCGCAAGUGCAAAGAGGUCUUUCCUGUACAGAUGGAGGGGGUACGUUUGGUUGUCAACAAGGGCUUGAGUAAUCACUUCCAGGUCAGUCACACAGUUACUCUAAGCACUCUGGGGGACUCCGGUUACAGAUUUGGAUCCACAUAUGUGGGCAGCAAGCAAACAGGUCCUGCUGAGUCUUUUCCUGUCAUGGUAGGCGACAUGGACAACACAGGCAGUCUCAAUGCACAGAUCAUCCAUCAGCUUACCAGCCGUUUGCGCUCUAAAGUUGCCAUGCAGACCCAGCAACACAAAUUUGUAAACUGGCAGUGUGAUGCAGAAUACCGUGCUGAUGACUUCACUGCCGCUGUAACCCUUGGCAACCCAGAUGUUCUUGUUGGAUCUGGUAUCCUAGUCGCACAUUACCUCCAGUCCUUGACUCCAUCUUUGGUGUUGGGGGGUGAGUUGGUCUAUCACAAGAGACCAGGAGAAGAGGGCACAGUAACGUCAUUUGUUGGCAGAUACACAGGCAGUAAUUAUGUUGCUACGUUGACUGUUGGAGGAGCUGGUGCACAUGCAUCAUACUACCACAAAGCCAAUGACCAGCUUCAGAUUGGGGUGGAGUUUGAGGCCAGCACACGGAUGCAAGACACAAGUGUGUCCUUAGGUUAUCAGUUGGAUGUACCCAAAGCAAACCUGCUGUUUAAAGGUUCUUUAGAUAGUAACUGGGUGGUGGGAGCAACGCUGGAAAAGAAGCUGAUUCCUCUUCCUCUAUCAUUAGCUCUAGGCGCCUUCCUUAACCAUCGCAAGAACAAGUUUCAAUGUGGCUUUGGCAUCACCAUUGGAUAGGGCAGAAACAGGUGUUAUUUAAGAAUCUCAACAGAUAUAACCCUCCACCACGCUUGGACUGGUGCAGAGACACGGGGACAGAAACCAACACUGAAAUGGACUCAGAGACUCCCAAUUUUACUGCGCUUAACCUUCACAAGGAUGGACCAGGACAAAGAGCACUCAGGGCCGCACAGGCCCAGUUGAGCUCUCGUCAAUCUGUUACCUGGCAUACCUGACAAAUGUUAACAGUUAGAUAAGGUUUGUUUUUUAAAGCACAUCACGUAUAGAAAAUGACAGAUACAUUACUUGUUAAGUUUUGUGGCAAGAGGUACAUAUCCGUUUCAUAAUAUGAUUCAUCCAAAUACAAUCUGUAAAUGUGAUGUCUUUGCUUUUUUUUUACUUUUUGUUAAAAAAUAUCUCUUUUAUGGAACUUAUUAGUAAAAUAAUCGUCUGGAUUUAUUUUUUACAAGUUCUACAAACAUGAACUAUUUGUUCAGUAAAAUGUGUUGGGGUAGACGACUGCUCAGAUUUUUUACUUAACGUUGAUCAUGCAAUUAUGACUUAUUCUUUAAUAAUUCACCCCACUAAUUGCUGUGCAUGUCAAAAAUAUGAAAAUUCAAUGCAUGGUAAGCUCUGGGUUUAGGGAUUGGUUGUUUAAGCGAGUUAAUGCCUGUGUCCCUUUGUCUCAUAAUAACUAGUCACACAAAACUGUUUGAGUUUCGACGGCGGUCCUUGUCCUGUAUUUGUCUGUACGGUCCUAGGAACACAUUUGAAUGCUGGUUUCAUAUUGACAAGAGUUUACAACGCUGUCCUUUUUAUGUGUCUCAACAAACAAAAAAAAUCUAAAUGCAUCACUGAAUUUUCCAUGUGAAAGAAUUUCCAAAGUUUGUAUUAUUUUAAUUAGUUGUUGUACACAGAGGUUUUGGGGCAGUCAAAGGGUUGGAUCAGAUACUGUAAUAAACCUGUAAAAUUUAA